CAGCCAGAGCGGCGCGGGCAGGGCGGCGAGCAGGUGGAGGGCUGGCGGCGGGCUGCCAUGGCUCAUCCUCUGGGGCCAGAGCCCCAGCUCCCACCUCUGCCCUCCUGGCCAGCCCCCGAUGCCCGCCAGACGGCUGCCUCUGCUGGGGCUCCCGCCUGACCAGCCUUUCCUCCCUGGCCGGUUGGGAUUUGGGGGCUGAGCUGUCUGGGGUCCCAGGGCCAAUGCAGUGCCGGCUCCUGCGGGGCCUGGCUGGAGCCCUGCUCACCCUCCUGUGCAUGGGGCUGCUGUCCCUACGGUACCACGUAAGCUUGUCCCCCCAGAGGGUGCCGGGGACCCCAGAGCUGAGCCAGCAGAGCCCUGGGUCCCAGGAGCUGCGGCUGCAGGAUGUCUUCAUUGCUGUCAAGACGACCCGGGCCUUCCACCGCUCGCGCCUGGAGCUGCUGCUUGACACGUGGGUCUCCAGGACCAGGGAACAGACGUUCGUCUUCACCGACAGCCCAGACGAGAGCCUGCAGGGGAGACUGGGGUCCCACCUUGUGGUCACCAACUGCUCCGCGGAGCAUAGCCACCCAGCUCUGUCCUGCAAGAUGGCUGCGGAGUUCGAUACCUUCCUGGCCAGUGGGCUUAGGUGGUUCUGCCACGUGGACGAUGACAACUACGUGAACCCGAGGGCGCUGCUGCAGCUGCUGAGAGCCUUCCCUCAGGCCCGCGACGUCUACGUGGGCCGGCCCAGCCUGAACCGGCCCAUCCACGCCGCGGAGCCCCAGCCCCACAACCGCACGAGGCUGGUCCAGUUCUGGUUCGCCACGGGGGGCGCCGGCUUCUGCAUCAACCGCAAACUGGCUGUGAAGAUGGCCCCGUGGGCCAGUGGCUCCCAUUUUGUGGACACAUCUGCUCUCAUCCGGCUCCCCGAUGACUGCACCGUGGGCUACAUCGUCGAGUGCAAGCUGGGCGGCCACCUGCAGCCCAGCCCCCUCUUCCACUCCCACCUGGAGACUCUGCAGCUGCUGAGGGCGGCCCAGCUCCCAGAGCAGGGUUAGCAUUGGUGUGGCUGCAAUUCUUUGAUCUGGUCCCCAAAUGCCGGCCAGAGGGACCUGCACAGAUGAGGUGAAGCUUGUCUGCAGGUUUCCACAUCCCUGCCACCCACCCCUGCCCCCGCCCUCCUCGCCACUCGCCAGGCUUCCCCAUCCCUGCCUCGCCCCUGAGGAGCCAGCUGGCCCCUUCUGACCUUGCCCAUCGGGACCCCCUCCUCCACCGCAACGCAACGAAUCUGUCCUCUGCUCCACGCUUUGCCUUCCAAGCCCCGGUUACUGGGAAGGAACAGAUCUGCAAGGGGGACACUCAGGCACAAUGUGAGGCUGAGGUGGAGGGGGACCCGUCCCACCACCCGGCAGGUAAUGGCUCUGCUCAAAGGUCAGACUGGCUCUGCCUCUCAGGUGCCCCUCCAACUCGGUAGAUGGCUCUGGCUAGGAGGGCCCUGGGAUCUUCUGCCCAGCAGCCUGAGUCAGACAGACCCUUUCGGGUGCAAGUGACCGAAACUCAACUGGGACUGGUGAAAUGAAGAAAACAAAGCAUCGGUUGGCUCGCGUAACUGAGCAGCCGAGCACGGCUUGCCAGGUGUUCAGACGACAUCCCGGCUUCUCCUCCCUCGCCUGCUCUCCCCGGCGCUGGCUUCAUCCUCCGGCAGGCUCACUCCGCGGUGGGCGGCAGCCCAGCUCGCUCCGCGGUGGGCGGCAGCCCCAGGUUUCCGACUCAGCCCUGGGAGGGACUCCUCCUCCCCUAGAUCCAGGGCUGGGGCUCCCUGGCUGAUGGCCGGGUUCGGUCACAUGACCUGUCUCCUACCUUCUUUAACUCUCUGGCUCCUCAGGACACUCACGUGAGGGCGGUACUGACAUCGUCCCAUUCUGUGGAUGGGGGACCGUGGCACACAGCUGGUGCGGGCGGGGGCGGGUGGAACCCUAGCAGGGUGGCUGCUAAGCCCGCUGGGGUCUGCCACCUCUGGGCUGAAACCGUGAUCCCAAGUCCUCAUUGCACGGGGUCGAGGGCUCGGGAUUUGCCCGGGCCCUGCAGUGAGCCUCAGAAAACCUCAGUCCUAGUCUAGACACUCCCGUAUUGGAAAGGUGCCCUUCUCUUUUGGGCCUCAGUUUCCCAAUCUGUAGGGUGAGGGUGUCGUCCCAGCCUCCCAGGCGAGCGGAGCCGUGGAGGAGCGGAUGGGAUCAUGGGCACGAGAGUCCCUCUGGGGCGCGGGUGGGCUCCCCAGGGAGGCACCCGCUGCCAGCUUGGGAUCUCAGGCUCGAGGCACGCGCCUCCUCUCUCCUGCCAGCACGCAGCUCCCCAGCGGGACACCCCAACACUCUUCUCUGUUUCUCCCU